AUGAAUACACCAUCUGUGUUGCUUUGUGCUCCCACUAGAAAGGCAGCUUUUAAUAUUUCAGCUCAAACUCUACAUAACACAUUCAGUUUGCCUGUAACCCAACGUGGAAUUGAAGGCCUCAUGCAGCUCUCCACUGAUGGUUCCCAUUCAAUGAGUAUUGCACUUGCAGAUUUAAAUCUACCACCUAUUGGAGACAGCCUAUUAUACAAGGAAAUUAUGAGACAGAGGGAUGAUGUUCCAUUUGUUACAGUAUUGAACAACAUGGCUAUAGAGGCAAUGACCGAAUCUGAUAUUGAGAUCUUCCAAAGUCAAGUUGUACAAAUAAGCCCUGAAAAAGGUGCAAUCUCAAAGGCAUUUGACCAAAUUAUUGGACAGUGUAGAGAUGGAAGUUAUAUCCAACGACUCUUAUUCUCUGCAGACAAUCAUGCAAAACAAUUCGAUAUUCAAGGCCUAAUCAAAACGCUUUUAUUGAAGAUCAGUGAAAAAUACAUGAUGACAGUCAAUAUUGAUACUACUGAUGGGCUUGUCAAUGAAACAAAAGGCAUAUUAGAGACGUUUGUGAACUCAGAUUUGUAG